AUUGCUUGGCCACAAAUACUGCAUUCCUGACGCAGCGCGUCUUUGUGAAGAGAGCAUGAGGGUGUGACACAGAUGUGUGAGUGUGACUGCUCUCUCUGCUGAUAGCCAACUCUGUGACAUCUGGUAAACCACUUAGCCUCUCUCAGUUUUAGUUUUCUCAGCUAUAAACAGAGAAAAUAACACCUGUCUCACAGGGUAUCUCUCUGGGUUGUCAAAUGAAGUGUGUGUCUAGCUCACAGCUGACAUUCAAUGAAUUCUUAGUAAUAGUAUUAGUAUUCUGUGUUUACGCCUUUCUCUUCCACUGGACCAUGAGCUCCUGGUGGGCAGGGACUUACUCGUUUCUGUAACCAUCCCCACCAAGCACACUGCCUGGCACUUGGGCUCCACAAAAGUUUGUUGAAUGAAGAGUUAGGAAGCCCUAAUCUAGCCUUUUCUCUCUGUUGGACAUCUGGCUUGUUUCUAAACGUUUCACUAUUAAUGAAUUACACUUCAAAGCCCUCCUAUUUAUAUUGACUCGUUGGAGCUGCACACCCUGUGAAGGAGGUGGAAAGGGGCUAUUUGCACAUGUUCACACCCUGUGAAAGACAGAGUGGCUGAGGAAAGUGAAGUGACUCCUGCGGGUCACACUGCCAACUAGUGAUAAAGUUAGAACACCUGGCCCUACCCCUCUUCCUUGGAUGGAUCGGUACCAGGGUGGUCUCUCCAAAAUUGGAGACUGCGAUGGCGGGCCUGAUCUGAGAGCUGCACAUGCACCCAGAGGCCCCGCUGGAGGUGAGGAGCCUCCCAGGUGGCCCUCUGAAUCUCCAGAAAACCAAAUGCCUUAUUCCCAAACACAUCAGGGCCUGUAUUUUCCCAGAGCAAGGUGCUUCUUAGGAAAGAGCCAGCAUGCCAGCUUUUCUUUUCUUUCUUUCUUUUUUUUUUUUCCUGCCUGAGGGGGUGAGGAGGCGAGCUCUGAGUUGUCCAGGAGGAGGGACUUUGGCUAAAAAUAGCUAUGGCGUGUGGAUCAGCCUCUAGUGGUACCCAGGACUGAUGAGGGGAGGGGGAUGCUCUAGAGCUGUCGCCAGACUGGUUGCUGUGGAAACAGGAGAGGAGCAGGGGAGCCUGGGAAGUGGGGAUGACACAGAUAGCAAGUCCUAGUCAGAGCUGCCGCUACAUUUAGGAGACACAGCGGUGCCUGCGGCUCCCACCCUCCAAGAGGGCUGGGGUGGGGGGGCGGUGUCAGGGGCAUGGACGCUACCCCUCAGGGGUCUCUGCUGCCGGCUACUCUCCUCUCCACAAGCUCCCCUCCAGGCCCCGCGCCGCCGCCGCCCGGGCCGUGACCUCGCCCGCCGCCGCCGCCAUGGCGCAGGAGAACGCCGCCUUCUCGCCGGGGCCGGAGGAGCCGCCGCGGCGCCGCGGCCGCCAGCGCUACGUGGAGAAGGACGGCCGCUGCAACGUGCAGCAGGGCAACGUGCGCGAGACGUACCGCUACCUGACCGACCUCUUCACCACGCUGGUGGACCUGCAGUGGCGCCUGAGCCUGCUCUUCUUCGUGCUGGCCUACGCGCUCACCUGGCUCUUCUUCGGCGCCAUCUGGUGGCUGAUCGCCUACGGCCGCGGCGACCUGGAGCACCUGGAGGACACGGCGUGGACGCCGUGCGUCAACAACCUCAACGGCUUCGUGGCCGCCUUCCUCUUCUCCAUCGAGACGGAGACCACCAUCGGCUACGGGCACCGCGUCAUCACCGACCAGUGCCCCGAGGGCAUCGUGCUGCUGCUGCUGCAGGCCAUCCUGGGCUCCAUGGUGAACGCCUUCAUGGUGGGCUGCAUGUUCGUCAAGAUCUCGCAGCCCAACAAGCGCGCCGCCACGCUCGUCUUCUCCUCACACGCCGUGGUCUCCCUGCGCGACGGGCGCCUCUGCCUCAUGUUCCGCGUGGGCGACCUGCGCUCGUCGCACAUCGUCGAGGCCUCCAUCCGCGCCAAGCUCAUCCGCUCGCGCCAGACGCUCGAGGGCGAGUUCAUCCCGCUGCACCAGACCGACCUCAGCGUGGGCUUCGACACGGGCGACGACCGCCUCUUCCUCGUCUCGCCGCUCGUCAUCAGCCACGAGAUCGACGCCGCCAGCCCCUUCUGGGAGGCGUCGCGGCGCGCCCUCGAGAGGGACGACUUUGAGAUCGUCGUCAUCCUCGAGGGCAUGGUGGAAGCCACGGGAAUGACAUGCCAAGCUCGGAGCUCCUACCUGGUGGAUGAGGUGCUGUGGGGCCACCGCUUCACGUCUGUGCUGACCCUGGAGGAUGGCUUCUACGAGGUGGACUAUGCCAGCUUCCACCAGACCUUUGAGGUGCCCACACCCUCGUGCAGCGCCCGGGAGCUGGCUGAGGCCGCCGCCCGCCUUGACGCCCAUCUCUACUGGUCUAUCCCCAGCCGGUUGGAUGAGAAGGUGGAGGAGGAGGGUGCAGGGGAGGGGGCAAGUGAAGGGGCUGGGGCUGACAAAGAGCAGAAUGGCUGCCUGCCACCCCCAGAGAGUGAGUCCAAGGUGUGACCAGUUUCCUCCAGACCCCUGUGGUGGGGCCAGACACAGGUAUCUCGGGAGCUGGGUAUCGGAGGUGGAGGAAGCAGGCAAGGUCCCUGGGGAUGCACCAAAGAGAGCCCCCUCAGAAUCUCAGGUCUAGGAUCCAACAUGGAAGGGAGGGAUCCUGAUUUCAAAAGAAUAGAGGGUGAGAUGGGUGAACUUACCAGCCUGUCUGUGUUUGACCUUCACAUCUGUUCAUGGGUCGAUGAAUGGGCAGGAGGGUGGACCUACGUAGGGUCCGUGGGAAGACGGAAGCAGAGGGAGACAGCAGGUGGAUAGGUCAAUGGACCAACAGACAGGUGGUGCACUCUGGGCUGCCGCUAACUCACAGAGCAUCUCUGUGCAAAUUCUAAAAAGGCACUCUUUUCCUCCAGACUGACAACACCUCAAACCAGAGUGUAUGGCUUGGGGAGCAGGGUGUAGGCUGGAUUUUAGUCCCCACUCACCUUGUCAGCCAGCCGGCCUGUGUGUGGCACACCUGUCUCACUGGACACAGUAGCCAAGCUGACCCAGAGGAGAGAAGGCUGGACAGAGGCGGACAGAGAUAAGGCGGGUGCCCUCCCAGCUCCACCCCCACCGCUGCAACAGGCUGAUAGGGAGGGCGAAAGGCUGCAGGGGCGGCCCAGCCGUGUGUGCCAGGAAACAGGCCACGUGGGAGAUGCCUGAGCUGGGGCCCCAGGAGAGGGAGACUGGGGUGGCUCUUUUCUGACUGUGGAGGGAGAUCUCAUAAGUACCACUGCAGAGGCAGGAGGGGAGAAAGAAGUUCUGAGGAUGAAGAAAGGCCCGGGGAGAGCUGGGACACGGCCCUCAGCAAAGCAGAAUUAGUCUUAGGGCACAGUGAGAAGGAGUCACUCAGAUGGUUCACUGGGUGCCCACUGAGUACAGAGCACUGACCCGGGCGUAUGUCGGGAGGACAGUCAGAGCCCCGAUUCCUAUCCUCGGAGUGGAGUGAAUGUGGGAAAGACAGAAGUACGCCUGCAGCAACUGUUUCAAACUGAGAGUGUGGGCGAUCUCUCGGAGCAGGGGGUGGGAGAGUUUGGUCAUCCGAAAGCUAGGGAUUGAGUCAGACCUAGAGACUGACGGAGCAGGCGGUCAUGAACUUGGGUGGGCCUCACAGCCACCGGGAGGGCUUGGAACACAGGUGGCUGGGCCCUGCUGCCAGAGUUUCUGACCCCAUAGGUAUGGGAUGGAGACCAAAACUUUGCAUUUCUAACUAGUCACAGGUCGUGCUCACGCUGCUGGAACAGGGACCAUGCUUUGAGAUGCCCCGCCCUAAGCAAAGACCUGGAGGUCCUGUCAGGAAGGGGGGCAUGCCAGGAGAGGCUGAGGCUCCUUGGGGAGGAGACUGAGAUAUCAUGGGUGGAGAAUUGUCGGGGAUGGGGGGCAAGGGGACCCUGAAACCCAGGCCGAAGAGUUUAACUCUGGACCCAGGGACUCACCCGUCAUUGGAAAUAGGGUGUUGACAAGAGGACAAGAUGGCGUUUUGGAGACAAGCAGGCAAGACAGCUAGGACGGAGCCGUCGGAAGGCCUUCGGGGGAGCCCCGCGGGGGCUGGGGGGGAGCCGAAACAGGGAGGACAUCAGUGGCAAAAGGUGGAAUCCCUCAUAGGAUUUAAGAUGCAGGAUUAAAUGUGGGAGAAAACGUGAGAGAGAAGUGAGGAGUCCGGACAUCCGGAUGUGGCAGUGGCCUGCUACCUGCCCAGCUAGGACAAGAGCCCCAGAGACAUGUUCCCGUGCCACGUGCACUCCUUGCUGGUGUCAUCCCAGGCACCAGGACAACCUCCCAGGAUGGUAACGGGAGACAAGGGGUGGAGGGAAAGGGGACCUGAGGCUGAGAGAGAAGCGUGCGCACAGGCGGACACGCCCUUCGGCAGCACUGGCCCCGCAGUGACCGUCCCUUGGCCCUGGCUACCCCCACUCCUGUCCUGUAAUGAAAGUCUGAGCCUGGUGAGGGGAAGCACCCCAGAGUGCUCCAUUCCAGACUGGGAAGCUGGGGUCCUGUGGGACGCUGUGCCUUCUGGAAGCAGGAAAGGGGGCCAUGGAGGGAGCCAACACCAGCUUGUGUCCACUCAGAGAGGUCACCCUUUGCCUCAGGUCACAGGGUCACCUGGGUCACCAGCAGUCAAAGAUGAGGCCCCUGAACCCUGGCGCUGGCUGUUCUCAAAAGA